CCGGAACCGGAACCCCCCUCCUCAUUCUCCUCUCCCCACUCGGACCCUCCCCCCUUUCCCGGGUCUGGGACUGGUGGGAAGGCCGAAGGUCCUGGAGCGGGGCCGGGCUCGGAGGCCCGGGGCUGGGGCAGUGCCCCCAGGGCAGCGUCCCCCGGGAGGCCGGCGGAGCGGGCCGCAAUGGGCGGAGGUGAAGGAGGCCGCCCACGGGCGAAGGGAAAGCCGGGCGUUCUGCAGAGCACCCCCCUCCCCCCGCCCCCCGCCGGAGGAGCGCUGGGGCUGGGCGAGGGAGCAGAGCUGCCCGCGGCCUCAUCGCUGCAGGGGCCAGGGGGUCGGGGCGAGUGGGCAGGAGCAGCCGGGCUAAAGGAGCUGCGGCGUUUGGGGGGACCCCCGUUGGGUGAGGGGUCCACCUGCUUGUUGGUGUGGAAUAGAAGAGCCUUAGGGUGGGGGUGAGCAGGCAUGUCAUGCUUGGGUGUCUCCCCCCCGGCAUACACCAAACCUCCCGCUUCCCCAGGCUCUUCGUUGCCGUUUGAGACUGUUUCUUGCGUUUCUGUCUCCGAGUCCGGGUGGCGGGGUACAUGUGAAAGGCGACCGAAAGGAUUGGGGAUGCAGGGAAUGUGACCCGCAGAAUAGGGGUGGGCGGCACGUCAGGAAGGAGGCUGCUGUCCGUGGAGGGCUGGCCUUCGGAAAUUAUUCCCUUUGUCCACUCCAGGUUCUGAUGUCUCUCUGUGGAAAUUUCAUUUUGACGUUGAGCCUAGUCUCGCUCAGAACUUCCCAACUUAGGGAAUUGGAAUAGGAGUCAGGGGACCUAGGUUCUGGCCCUGCCUGGAACUUGCAGCCCCCUCUUGCGUCCCUUCAGGCAAUCAUUUGUCCUCUGAGUCUGUUUUCUUACCCAUAAAAUGGGGGCAAGAGCAGGAGGGUUACUUCUCUAGUAGGGUUGCUGUGAAGAUCCGGCGGAAGACGGUGUGUGUUUAAAGGUGCUUUGAAGUCAUAAAGCACUAUGGGAAUGCUGUUGUUUGUCAAGCAGAAAUUUUUCUGAGAACGCUUUCUAGCCCGGUCAUCUAGCGAUGCUGCAAAUAGCGGCUGUGAGCCUGGUCUGAAGAAGCGCAGGAUUGGUGGCUCUCAGUUCUGAGCCUUGUUUUUCCCAGAGUCCAGUUGUUCAGGGCUGUGGGACUAAGGGCCUGUGUGCUCAUUUUUGCAGCUUGUCUAACCUUUAGCUCCUUUUGCUUUCUUCUAUGCUUAGUGACAAUAGAAAAUGGUUCAUCCCAGUCUUCUCACAGUUCCUUUUAUUCUUGUGACUAAGGAGGAGUAAGGUGGUAGACUCAGCAUUUUAUGGUGAGGAGCUACUGAGCCUUGGAUGGAAGGGGAGGUGGGGGUGGGAAUGAUGCCUUCAAGGCAGUGCCCUCAUACCACAGUGCUUAAAAUGCCAGUGAAUCUUAGAGAGAGAAGCAAGGUGGCAGUCAUCUACCUAUUGCUGACCUGUUAGGGACCCUUGGAGUAAGCUGUUGGAUGGACUUAUUCCUGAGAGAGAGGUAAUUGGAAGGGAAGCUUUGUAUCUCUGAAGGGUUUCAUUUUAGAGGAUGGUGACCAGCUUACCUUUAACUCUUCUGGGAUCAAAGCCAAAGAAUGUGGGCUGAGAUUACAGCAGGAAAGGUGGAGGUUAGCUCUCUGGAAAAACCUAUCAGUGCUUGAGAGGUGUGAGAACCUGGAACACGGGAAGGAAGCUAACGUGUUUUGAAGGACUUUCUUGAAUCUCUCUGAAUCAGGAACGAGGUGAACAGGAGGCAGUGUGGAAAAGUGGAUGUCUUCUCAGUGGGGGUGGGACAGCUGGGGAAUUUCUGGUACCUGGGGAAAAGUCUAGAAAUUGUUCUCUAUAAACACUAAUCCUAAUACUUCUAUAUAUGUGCCUCUUUUUCCCUUCCACAGUUGCUGCAGAUGACCCUGAGUCUUCUGGCCUCCCCCCCCACUUCCUUCCCUCCCCUGGGUCCCCCACUCUCCAUUUCAUCUGGCUCAUCAUGAAUGGUGCCCCUUCCCCUGAGGAUGGGGCUUCCCCUUCUCCUCCCCCUCUGCCGCCGCCACCACCACCACCUCCUCCCCCAAGUUGGCGGGAGUUCUGUGAAUCCCACGCUCGGGCGGCAGCCCUGGACUUUGCCCGACGCUUCCGCCUCUACUUGGCUUCCCAUCCCCAAUAUGCAGGGCCUGGGGCUGAGGCAGCCUUCUCCCGACGUUUUGCUGAGCUCUUCUUGCAGCACUUUGAGGCAGAGGUGGCCCGGGCCUCAGGUUCCCUUUUAUCAUCUGGUCCGAUCCCCUUGAGUCCUGGCACGGAAACCCCAUCCCUGGAGAGCUGCAGGAACAGUGGACCUCUGACUGUGUUGGGUCCUUCUCGAUCCUCGGAAGACCUGGCUGGCCCUCUCCCUUCUUCAAUCUCUUCGUCCUCCUCAAAGCCUAAACUGAAGAAACGUUUCUCCCUCCGCUCUGUGGGCCGAUCAGUACGAGGCUCAGUCCGAGGGAUCUUGCAGUGGCGGGGAGCUGGUGAUCCCCCCUCUCCAGUGGGACCCUUGGAGACCUCUGCCUCUGGGCCACCUGUCCUGGGUGGAAACAGCAACUCCAACUCCUCCGGUGGGGGUGGUAGCACCAAUGUGGGGCCAACUAGCGGUGGGACAUCCCCUGGGGAAAGAUGGACACACCGCUUUGAGAGGCUGAGACUAAGUAGGGGAGGGGGACCCUUAAAGGAUGGGGCAGGGACAGUGCAAAGGGAGGGGCUGCUGAGCUUCAUGGGAACAGAGGAGGCAGCUGUUGGUGGAGGAGAAGGUCGAGGGGGAGGAGGAACUGGAACCUCAUCUGGGGGUGGGGGACCACCAAGGUGGCAGAAGUGUCGCCUGCUGCUUCGGAGUGAGGGGGAAGGAGGAGGAAGUCGGCUGGAGUUCUAUAUCCCACCUAAGGCAUCCCGGCCCCGGAUCAACAUCCUGUGUUCUACCAUCACAGAUGUCCGGACAACCACGGCCCUGGAGAUGCCCGACAAGGAGAACACCUUUGUGGUGAAGGUGGAGGGUUCUAUGGAAUACAUCCUAGAGACAGCUGAUGCCUUGAAUAUGAAGGCCUGGGUGUCUGAUCUACAAGAUUGCCUGAGCCCAGGGGAGAACACAGAGAGCCUGGACCUGCCCUGCCUCAACCACUCCGAGAGUGUGCCCAGCCAGGAGCUGCCCUUGGGACCUAGUGAAAGCAGUGAACACCUGUCUCAGGGAGCAUAUGGGGGCCUCUCGGAUCGUCCCUCAGCUUCUGUCUCCCCCAGCUCUGCCUCCAUUGCUGCCUCCCAUUUUGAUUCGAUGGAACUACUGCCCCCAGAGUUGCCCCCCAGAGUCCCUAUUGAAGAGGGGCCCCCAGUGGGGACAACUUACCCCUCACCAGCCCCUUACCCUCCUCCGGACACUCCCGAUACCACAGGUUCGUUCCUGUUCCAGGGGGAGUCAGAUGGAGGUGAUGGGGACCAUCCCCUUUCAGAGUACCCUUGGUUCCAUGGGACCCUCUCCCGACUCAAAGCUGCCCAGCUAGUGUUGGCAGGGGGUGCUGGCAGCCAUGGUGUCUUCCUGGUACGUCAAAGCGAGACGAGGAGGGGGGAAUAUGUCCUCACGUUCAACUUCCAGGGCAAGGCCAAGCACCUUCGUCUGUCCCUGAAUGAGGAUGGUCAGUGCCGGGUGCAGCACCUCUGGUUCCAGACGGUCUUUGACAUGCUGGAGCAUUUCCGGGUCCACCCCAUUCCCCUGGAGUCUGGGGGCUCCAGUGAUGUUACCCUCGUCAGCUAUGUUGUGGCCUCCCAGAGGCUACAAGGCAGGGAACGGGCAGGGAGCCGAGCUGGGGUGUGUGAGGGAGAUCGCUGCUACCCAGACGCCUCUUCCACCCUCAUACCCAUCGGAGCGAGUGACUGUGUAACCGAACAUCUCCCAUGACCCAUCCCGAUCUCCUGACCCUGAUCUGAGGGCAGACCCUGCACACCCUGGGGAAGAGGAGGAGAUGGUGGAAGCAACAGAAG